GCCCAGACCAUCUCGAAGAGCCGCAAAGUUGACGAGUGCACAAGACAAAGACGCAUAUUGGCGACUGGACGUAAGGUCGAGCCGCUACAACACGCGUGAGCAUUGCUGAGCUCCCACGCAAGCACCAGACGCCUAUUCUAUACUCCUUCUUCCCCUUGACAAGAAACAAAAAAAAAACUUCCUACUUGGCAUCACCAGGCAUCAUGGCGACGCAAGUUGUGGAGGGCUUCAGCCUCACAAAUCGCUGGCUGCUCUACACCAGCGUCAUGCUCGCGCCGGCGCAGUUCAUCUCGGGCAUCAGCAGCAACUGCCCCAGCAACAUCGGCUUCCUCGCCUACAACUGGUAUACGCAGAUCUCGUGGUACCAGGCCGUGCGCGCCAAGGAGCUGCACGCGCUGUCCCUGCUGCCCGUGCAUUUCAACAUGCUCUACGUCUUCAGCUACCUCGGGGGCCUGUCGUCGGGCAACUACUUCAUGGCCGCCAUUCUCGGCGUGGGCACCGCCGGCGUGCUCAUCCUCAACUGCGUGUCGGCGUGGACCAGCUGGGCCAUCUGCCAGGAAGAGGGCUUCGGCGUGUACCAAUUUUUCUUUUUCGGUUGGCGAACGCUGAGUCCGGGAUGGCACAAGUUUAUUCUCUUGUGGCAGGUCAGCGACUCCAUCUUGUGCGUCAUCGCCGUCCUCGCGUCCAUCUUCAUCGCCAUUACAAUGGUUGCCGUGGAUGAGGACGACGAUCUGGCGGAGAAGGCUACGUUCGGCGGCCUCAUGUCCAUCUCCAAUGCGCGCUACCCGGCCAUCUUCCUGGGCGCCGUCUUGAUGUUGAUUAUCGCGUGGCCGCUGAUUCUCUGGACGGAGCUGAUUGUCCAGCGAAAUCACAUCGAGUCGGACACGGAUAUGAUUGCGGUGUAUCUCUUUAUUGCACAGGUCGGCGCCAUGUUGGUGCCCAAUCUGGGCUGUUUCAAGGGCAGAAGAUAGAAGAUGGUUGUCUGCUUAAUCACAUGCAGUUCCGAUAGUUCAGGAAAUGAACGGAGCGUUAGACCCC